CUACAAUAGUUUUGGUCAUGUGAUAACUGUGGAUGCUUCGACGUUUAAAACAUAACCUAUUUUUUUUUUUUAUUUUUUGACAUUGAAAUCAAUUAAAAUUGAUUGAAAUUUAAGUUUUAUUAAUAAAAGCAAAUAACAUAAAAUUUUGUAUAUUAUUAAUAAACUGCAAAUUUUGUCAAACAUUAAUAGCUAGCAUUAUUAAUUUAUAUUCUAUUACAUUUUGGUACUAUCUGUUAUCAUUGCUGGAAGUUAACAAAAAGCAAUCAUCACAAUGGAUAAGAAUAGCAAAUUACAAAUACUACGAAACGCUAUAAACAGUUAUCCCGAUUUUCCUGAGCCUGGAAUCAAUUUUCGAGACAUAUUUGGCGUAUUUCGCAAUAUUGCAGCGUUAAAGGCGUUGAAAGAUUUAAUUACGGAACACAUUUCAUUCCUUGAAGUUGAUUUGGUUGUAGGACUGGAUUCACGUGGCUUCCUCUUUGGUCCUAUGAUUUGUAUGGAACUGGAUAAACCUUUUUUGCCUAUUAGAAAAAAAGGUAAACUUCCGGGCAAAGUCACUCAGCAGAAAUACAUGUUGGAAUAUGGCGAAGCAACAUUUGAAUUCCAAACAGACUUUGUUAGCGAGGGUGCCAAGGUUCUCAUUGUUGAUGAUUUAUUGGCAACUGGAGGCUCCAUGGCCGCUGCUGUAAAAUUAAUGAAAUCAGCAGGAGCUGAUGUGAUUGAAUGCUUAGUGAUAAUGGAAUUAUCUUUGUUGAAAGGUCGGGAUAAGCUCGAAGUACCUGUACAUUCCUUUAUACAGUAUGAUUAUUAACAAAUAUUUUAAGGCUCUAUAGUACAAAUAUUCAAUACAUCAACAAGCAAGUUAUAAUCUAAAAUUUUGUAAUGCAAUACAUGGUAUUUUGCAAUACCAUGUAUUGCAUCACAUCACAAAUAUUCUUGCCAAAUAGCAUUUAUAAAAAAAAAACAUAUUUUUUUACUAUGCACAAAUGUACAAAUAUACAUUAAAUUUAUAUGUG